AUGUUAGGAUACUCUCUCGAGUUACAAGCUUCUCAAGGAGAAUUCGUUAAGUCUGGAAGACAAGAUCCAUUGACUGUUGCGUUGGGUACUGAUGAGCAUCCUGGGCGUGUUAGAGCCAUGGGAAGAGGGCAUGACAUACGUCGUCAAACGCCUUCAGAAGAUGUUCAACGGAUGGAGUUGGUAGAGUUAUGCACUAAAGCUGAAGAGUUAAAAAGAAAGUCCAAAUUGACUUUUGAACCGGUUAUGCCUUCUCAUCAUCAUGAAUUUACUUUAACUGAUCCGAAUUCUUUGAGUGAUUUAUGCAAUAAGGCAUAUAGAAUAACUAGCAGUCUUCAAGAGAAUCUUGUGGUUCAAAUGUCUGGUGGUAUUAUGGGCAACAUUGCUUAUGACUUGCAUCUUGAGAGUGAGGAGAUCGUGUCUCACCGCAACAAGCAUUUUGAGUGGAAAGAAACAAAGUCGUUCACCAAAAUGGAUUACAUGUUCGGUAACGGCAACGAAAAUCUCUCAAUUCACUUUCCAAGCACCAGAUGGAACAGUAGUUUGUCUCUCUCAUAUUUGGAUCUCAGUUAUACUGGAUGUCCUCCAAACAUUAUUGAAUCUCUUAGGAAUCUUAGCAGAGUCAAGUUUUUGGGAUUAGCAAACUGUGGAUUAAGUGGUAAAAUUUCAGAGACUAUUUUAGAUCUUGAGCAACUCACAACAUUAGACCUUUCUGAUAACAGUUUGAAAGGUGGCUUUCCUGAUUUGUUUAUAAAGCUCUGGAGGUUGAAAAGGUUAUUUCUUUCUGAUAAUAGCAUCACUGCCCAAUUUCCGUCCUCUAUCACCAACAUUACUCAACUGGAGGCCUUAGAUCUCUCAUACAAUUCAUUAUAUGGAACAAUACCCUCUUGGCUUUUUGAUCUUUCUACUCUGUACAAACUUAACCUCCGUUAUAACCAACUCCAAGGACCCAUUCCAACAUCACUUUCAAAACAAAAGAAUCUGAUCAUCCUUGACCUUUCAUCCAACAAUUUCAGCGGUCCUGUAGAGCUCAAUAUGUUCUCAAACCUCAAAAGGAUAGUGGAUCUACGUCUAUCUAACAACCGCUUAUCACUAGUCUCCAAUCCUCUACGUCUAUCUAACAACCGCUUAUCACUAGUCUCCAAUCCCAAAAUCAAUUCUAACAACCGCUUAUCACUAGUCUCCAAUCCCAAAAUCAAUUCUACAAACUUGGCCAACAACAGUUUAAGUGGUGCAAUCCCGCAAUGUCUUGGAAACUCUAGCGAGUUUUUGGAGGUACUUAGUCUGAGAUCUAACCACUUCCAUGGCACCAUAAGCAAUUCAACAACUAAACACUUGUCUUCUCAACUAAAGAUCAUUGAUCUCUCUCACAACGAGUUUACUGGGAAUUUGCCAGUUUGGUUGUUCAAGAGCUUUACUGCUAUGAAAAACACUGAUGAAGCUAGAAAGCCACCAACUUAUUUUGGGGAUCAAGAAAACUAUUACACAGACUCUUUAGUGUUGGUGUGGAAAGGAAACCAGCUUAAUUUUGAAAAAAUCUUGACCGUGUACACCACCAUUGAUCUCUCAAGUAACAAAUUUGAAGGGAAAAUUCCUGGGGCCAUAGGACAAUUUCUUUCCCUCCGAGGUUUGAAUUUAUCGCACAACAUGUUGUGUGGUAGUAUCCCCCGUUCUUUUGGAAAACUAUCCUUGUUGGAAUCAUUAGACCUUUCCUCAAAUCAGCUUGUUGGGGAAAUUCCAAAGGAGUUGGCACCUCUUACAUUUCUCAGUGUUUUCAAACUCUCUCAUAAUCAUCUUACAGGAUGCAUACCCAAGGGGAAUCAAUUCAAUACAUUUGAAAAGAGUUCUUACGAAGGGAAUGAUGGCCUACGUGGAUAUCCAAUGACAAAAGAUUGUGGGAAUGGUGUCUCAUCUAAACCACCUACCCUAGAAGUGCUCCAUCAAGAAGACAAUGUGAGCAUUUUAUAUGGGUUCACUUGGAAAGUUGUGUUGUUGGGCUAUGGUUGUGGCACUGUUUUUGGAGUGGGCUUUAACUCUACUUUGAUGCAAAUGAUGGACUGCAUUUCAAAUUCAACACUAGUAGAUGAGAUAGUUGAAAUAAGUUUCACUCCCUGA